AUGCGACUCAAACCGACAUCCGGCGCCUCAAACAUACAGGCUCGUUGCAUUAGUCAACGCUUGUUGAUCAAGACGUCGGUCGAAUUACCUAUCUGGCGCCGGCCCCCGCGUUACAACGGCACGAGUCAUGUCCUCCAGUCACCAUGGCAGCUCUCGUAUCCAGUUCCUCCACCCUCCACGGAGACAUGGCCCAAUCAAUCGCAGGAUAAAACCAACUCACUGGAGUAUUGUUACCCAUCAUCCGGUGAAAGCACGACAUUCUUACUCGUCGUCUCGACUGCACCAGCCUAG